GUCACAUCCGUUGUUUCCCUCCGGAAGUACAGUUAAUUUUUAUUCACAGGAAAGAAAAAAAAACAGCUGUUGUUGAAAAAGAAAACAUCAAAAAUGCCAGCCCCAAAGAGAGGAUCAUCUCCUCGUGAUUCUCAGCCCAAGAUGAGGAAGUUGGAUGAUGAUGGAGAGGAUCUGCCAUCCAAAACUUCACCAGCUGCCAAUAAUAGGUCCCUUGUAACUGGAAAUGCACAAGAAAAUACUUCCGACCCACGGACUAAGAAAAAACUUUCUACUUCGGCGGAAUGGGGGAGUAAACCCGCCAAGUCGUCCAAACAGAGUUCCCCCCCGAAGGAUUCCAGCAAAACCGUUAGUGAGCCUCCUUUGACGAAAGCCAAGCUCCUAAAAGCCACAAGUGCCUCCUGCGGAGAAGCUCCCUCGCAGAAAGCCAACUCCAAAGCCACCCUGAAGCGAACCGCCUCCACAGAGUCCGAGGACGAAUUGAGUAGUGACGGUAGUAAGGCCGACCUCUUCAGGGACAGGGACGACGGCGACAAGGCCCGCUGCAUGAGAAAAUAUUCAAAUAAAUUCAAAGUCAAGCGCACUGACGAAGACUCUGCAUCUGACACGCAGGAGGCAACCACAGAGUUGCCGUCUGCCCCCGCCGACCCCGUUCAGAUGGAGCACAAUUACGGUAGAUUUUCGGACUCGAGUGUGGGAGAGGAGAGUCAGGACGAAAAUAAAGAAUCUGGGCUUUCUGACAACGAACGACAAGGACAAGAAAUGUCAGUCAAUGCCACACAAGCAGAGUCUACGGAAACGUGCAUCUCUAAGGGAGGGAGUGCAGAAGCUAGCAUUGCAUUGAAGUGCACAGCUGAUGAAAGUGUACAUCAGGAAUUAAAAGAUCCAGAGAGCCAAAAGCUCAUAGGUGACGACACACAGGCAUCGUGUGGAAAAAUAUUGUCCUCUGUCACUGCAACCGAAGGUUCGCCUUGUAUCCCAUCUGAGGUGGGGGAUAAUUCAGAGACUGACUUUGUCACCAAACACCAAAAGGACUUGGAUAAAGAAUCACUUGCAGCGUCAGUGGAAACACUGUAUUUUAGCACUGGAGAGGCAAAUCCAGGCUGUGAAGGUGACGUUCAGGUAGAUGAAACAACAGUUUGUAUAGUGGAGACCGAUGGGAGCUGGGAAACCGAAACAAAGGAAUCUAAAGAUUCACUUUCUGAGGAGAUAAAGCUGGAUAUAAAAUGUAUAAGUAAGGGAGGAGAGCGUGUGGUGCAGGAUGUGCUGGAAUCAGCCAGUGUCUCUGCAAACCACAGUGAUGUAGACGAUAAAGCGUUGUCUGACGAAACAAACUCUGCACCAGAAAAGACCCUGGUAGGAGGCAAUAAUCCAGAAAGGCAGACAACAACAGAGACUCAAAGUGACCACAGUGUCAAAACCCAAGUUACCUUCCAAGAGGAAUCCAAAUCGGCGGAUCAAGUGAGCCGUGAAGUGCCAUGUACAAUUACCCAAUCGUGUGAUGCUGUGAACCAACUGGCAACCGAGUCUGAAGAGCAGCUGGAUGAAAGUGAAAGGAGAGCCGCGGAGUUCCUGUCGACUCCGACUCUCGCUGGUCCCGAGUCUUCCGCUGAGCUCCAACCGAGCCAAGAUGUGCCGGACCAAAGGCCUGACAGCCGUACGGAAACGACGACUCCAGAUUGUGAGUUGGUCCUCGAGCAAAAUCAAAGCGAGGCCCUCCCGGAUUGUGUCGCAGUCUCACAGGGUCCGAAGGAUGAGGUCAUGCAGACGGUAUUAUCCCCACAGGAGAGAUCCGACUUGCCACCGGAAGCGGAAAAACAAAACCAAGGCGAUGCAAUGACCGAAAAAGAAAAGGACUUGAACUUUGAAUGUGCUGCUGCAUCACUAGAGCAGGAGAUUUAUAAUCAAGUGGCUGCAGUGGAAAUGCAAAGCCAGGAUAAGCACGAUGUCUGUGAACGCGCCACGGGCAUACCUACAGAAUUCAACGAGAAUCAUGUGUUAAAUUCUAACAUAAAUCAAGAUAAGGAUGAAAUCUUUGACUGCACUAGUAGUAGUCCUGAGACAAACGCUACAACGGCAUCAGAGAUGUCUAACCAUGCAUCAAGAGAAGAAUUAGAAAGCCAGGAGAGACCGGAAGACCGCGAGCACACCACGGACGCUCCUGAUGAAGGACAGAAUCAUCCGGUUCUAGGUGAAGGUGGGACCCCGGCGGAAUGCGUUGCUCCUGCUGAGGGUGAAAUAGAAGCAAGGACACCGGAGGAGAUGUCUAACAUUGCACCUACAGUGGAAGUAAAAAGUCCCUCUCCCACACACACAUCUACUGAACAUCAUGAAGAUCACAAGGUGGAAAAUAUGGAAAAAGAAAUAGAAACUCAAACAACAUCGACAUUUGAGUUUUCAAAUCCGGAAGUUUCCCUGGAAAUGGUGAAAAGUCAAAUAGAGGUGGACAUGCAGACUACAACGGCCUCAGAGGAGACACCAGAACCUUCAGUGGAAACACUAAGUCCGAAACAUCCACAAGAAGUAACGCUGGAGAUUUCUGAGAUGGCACCUACGGUAGAAACACAGGACCAGAAGAGCCCAGAAGUCAUUGAACCUGCCAUGGACGUAGUGUCUCCACGUCACGGGGAAGAAGAUAAAGUUCUGUUUGACUCUGUGAAUAUACCAGAGGCUGAAAUGGAAAUGCAGACUACGUCAUCACCAGAGCUUUCAAAUACAAAGUCUUCAGUGGAAAUGGAGAAAAACCAAGUAGAGGUGGACAUGUUUACUACGACGGUAUCAGAAGAGACGUCUAACACAGCAUCAGCCGUGGAAAUACCAAGUCAGAAACAUCAACAUGAAGGAAAGGUGGUGACUUCAGUGGAGAUUUCUGAGAUGGCCCCUACGGUAGAAACACAGAACCAGAAGAGCUCGCAAGAUGUCGAACCUGCUACAGACGUAGUGUCUAGAUGUUAUAGAGAACAAAACCUGUUUAAAUCUAUCGAUAUACCAGAGGCUGAAAUGGAAAUGCAGACUACGUCGCCACCAGAGGGUUCAAAUACAGAGUCUUCUGUGGAAAUGGUGAAAAGUCAAAUAGAGGUGGACAUGCAGACUACAACAGCCUCAGAGGAGAUACCAGAACCUUCAGUGGAAACACUAAGUCCGAAACAUCCACAAGAAGUAACGCUAGAGAUUUCUGAGAUGGCACCUACGAUAGAAACACAGGACCAGAAGAGCCCAGAAGUUAUUGAACCUGCAACGGAUGUAGUGUCUCCACGUCACGGGGAAGAAGAUAAAGUUCUGUUUGACUCUGUGAAUAUACCAGAGAGUCAAAUGGAAAUGCAGACGACAUCGCCACCAGAGCUUUCAAAUACAGAGUCUUCAGUGGAAAUGGAGAAAAACCAAGUAGAGGUGGACAUGUUGACUACGACGGCUUCAGAAGAGACGUCUAACACAGCAUCAGCCGUGGAAAUACCAAGUCAGAAACAUCAACAUGAAGGAAAGGUGGUGACUUCAGUGGAGAUUUCUGAGAUGGCACCUACAGUAGAAACACGGAACCAGAAGAGCCCGCAAGCUGUCGAACCUGCUACAGACGUAGUGUCUAGAUGUUAUAGAGAACAAAACCUUUUUAAAUCUAUCGAUAUACCAGAGGGUGAAAUGGAAAUGCAGACUACGUCAUCACCAGAGGGUUCAAAUACAGAGUCUUCAGUGGAAAUGGAGAAAAGCCAAGUAGAGGUGGAGAUGCCCACUACGACGCCUUCAGAAGAGACAUCUAACACAGCAUCAGCCGUGGAAAUACCAAGUCAGAAACAUCAACAUGAAGGAAAGGUGGUGACUUCAGUGGAGAUUUCUGAGAUGGCCCCUACGGUAGAAACACAGGACCAGAAGAGCCCAGAAGUCAUUGAACCUGCCAUGGACGUAGUGUCUCCACGUCACGGGGAAGAAGAUAAAGUUCUGUUUGACUCUGUGAAUAUACCAGAGAGUGAAAUGGAAAUGCAGACUACGUCGCCACAAGAGGGUUCAAAUACAGUGUCUUCAGUGGAAAUGGAGAAAAGCCAAGUAGAAGUGGACAUGCCCACUACGACGCCUUCAGAAGAGACGUCUAACACAGCAUCAGCCGUGGAAAUACCAUGUCAGAAAAGUCCGAAUGAGGUGAAUACAGCGACGGCAGCUGCAGUGGAAAUGGAGGCCGACAGGAGCCAAGAAGUCAGCCAUCCGUCAGCAGGUGGAUCUGAGAAAGCUCAAGAGGUUCUAACUAUUCAGACCCCUGAAAGAAAUGGAAAUGAAAACAAAGCGGUCACAGAAGGUGUCAUUGUACCCGAGAAUAAAGGAGAAGUGGAUUCAGAGACAACGGCAGCACCAGAGGAGACCUCUCACCAGACCACCGCAGUAGAAACACAAAACCAGACGACUCUGAAGGUCAAUGAAGUACUUGGAGAAUGUAUUGAUGCCAAUACUGAGCGUGAAGAAAACACAGAAAAGCUUCUUGCUGAAUGGGUGGAUGCCACUGACAAUCAAACAGAAAUGGAUGCGCAAACAACAACAACAACGGCAGACAAAGUUUAUAAUCCAUCACCUACAGUGGAAAUACAAAGCCCCGUGAGCCCGGAGGUCAGUGAACUCCACACAGAAGUCUCACAGCAUCUAGUGGCCGUAAGCUGUGAGCGCGAGGAAAACGAAGACAUGGUGGAUGUUCCAGAGGGUGAAAUAAAUAUGGAAACGUACGCAAUGCCGGAGGAGGUUUCCACUGCAGCAGAUCAGCAAAACCAAGAUGUGCAGGAUGUCUGUGACCGCGUCGUGGCCUUAUCAAAUCAAACUCACAAACCUUCUGUGGAAAGUAAGGAUAAUGAAGACGCGCAGACGGAGCAGAGUGCUGGUGAUGUCCAAGUGGAUAUGGAUGUAACAAGUGCAUCAAUGGGGGGGGUAGAUUCUGCUUCAGGGGAGGAAGUCCAGGGGCAAGGGAUUAAAGAGGUGAAAGAAGAGGUUGCAACCAUUUCCUCCGAUAAGGCCGACGGCAAUGACGUCGCAGUCGGUAAUAUUGAAGGACACGCAGGAGGAACUGGAAGCAAUCAAGUAUUACUUUUUGUUUGUAACCAAGCGCACAACGUUGACGUCUUAACCCGGGCGGAAGAAGAGCCGAUUAAGGCGGCGAGUCAGUCGGAGGUUGAGCUUCAUGACAACCAGAUAGUGUACGAGCCCAUCAGCAGCCCGGAGAGCAACGACGAUCGAGAGAUUUCUACGGCGUCGGAGAACCACAACGGUUUGUCUCUGCUGGACAUACAGAGCGCCCAGCAGCUGGAAGGGGGCUUGCCAGCUAACGAAGGAAACCGUUGUAGCAAACAACCGGAAAAUGUCGAGCAACGGGUUUUCGUUUCAGGCGGCCAAGAGGUUGAAAGCGAAGCCCGAACCGUCAGAGUGCCAGAGGGUUGUGUCCCUGCGCAGUCGGAGCAGAGACGCGUGGACGAGGACGUGAAACAAGUUGCGGUAAUCAGCUCUAGCGAUGACGUCAGCGUGCCGGAUGGCCACUCGGGAGAUGCCCCGGACACGAGUGAAAGGAGUUGGUCUCCGGACUGCGUCGGCGCCGCGGAGUUUCUGGACAAUGCGCAGGAGGACUCUGGACCUCAGGAGGUGUCAGACGUCACAGUGACGACGACCAUGGCCGCCGCCAAAGUGGAAAUGCCCGACAGUACGUCCGAGGAGUUUGUGAUCUUGGAACCGAUCCAAGAGCGGGAAAUUCACUUUGAUAUCGUCACUCAGGCAGCCGCCGAAUCGGGUUUGUCGGACUCUCUUUUGGAGCAGGUGAAUCCAGACAGCGCUUUGGAAGGUGACAUGGAAAGUGAAAUGAUUUUAAAUAGUUGCCAACAAACCGUCUUCCCCGAGGCCGAAGCGCCACCAUGUCAGGCAAUGGACGAGCUCCAAGUGACGAAUACCAACGAGCUUUUAGAUCAGGGGAGCAUGCUUGUGACCGAAAACUCAACCGAGGAAGGUGUUGAAGUUCCUCCGAAUUCCGAUCAGAGCCAACUAGCAUCAUGCGCCAUGACGGACAGCAAUACCUCAGAGAUGGAAGUGGCGAACUCUCCCGCUCAAGUCACAAAUGAAAGCUGCGGCGUGGUGGACAGCGCCGAGGCCAAUUUGGACCUGCAAGAAGUGCAGAUUAUGGAGGAUAUAGAGAUCGGCCGCGAGAUCGUAGUAGCAGAAGAAGAGAAUGACGAAGACAGUGAUAUUCAAAUUAUAGAAAGACCCCAGGAAACCCCCGAGGCCAUCGCUCCUAAGGAGUCCAAGAAAACGGUUGAUGUGGAAAAUAAAGACGACACUUGUGGGACCAGCGUGCAGCGAGUCGGCACUGCUGAAAAGACUGAAGCAGAUAAAAAGAAACCGGGGCCAGAGAAACCAAAGAAACAAGAAAUGAACACGCAGGCCAGGACCAAAGCUCGUCUGGCAGCUCUGGCCGAGGAAAAGGCUGCCGCCUCAAAGAGAACCGCAAACAGACAGCAGCUGAACCUCUUAGCUUUGUGUCAGGAGAUCGCGGAGGACAUCGCUACAGACAGCAUGUUGUUGAAGAGGAUCGAAGAAGAGAAACUGGCGGCAGCAGCAGUGGCAGCGGCAGCGGCGGCGGCGGCAGCAGCGGUGGCAGCGGCAGCCGAGAGCGAAGCCAGCAAGACGGAAAGUCCUCCCGUCAACAAGCCAGAGGCGGACGCCGCGGUGCUCGGUGCUCCUGCUGGUCCAGACGGGAGCUCUGCAUCGGCGACCCCCGCUGAGGACGCAUCGACGGCCCGGCCCUCGGCAGACAACUCAGCCGAGGCCAAGCCCCCCGCCGAGCCUCCGAAGAGGCGUUUCUUCGUCACGCAGAUCUCUGUGCCGCUGAAAGCCCACGAGAAGAAGAAGCUGACCCGCUAUCAAAGACUCAGGCAGGUUGAACUGCAGAGAGAGAAAAUGUCUUGGGCACGUGUAAAGAAACUGAAAUCCGACCAAGCAAAUCAGAUGUUUUCAGACAUGGAUUGGCAGCUGCCCCUGUCUGCGUCCUCUCCGUUCCCUGUGAGUCCCGUGACCACGGCCCCUCCGCCUGAAGCCAGCCCUUCAAAAACACCCCUCCCAAGCCCCGCCUCCAGCAGCACGCCUCCCGCGCCCCCGGCCGAAGUCCCUAAGAUUGAGCCUCCCGAGCCUGAACCCAGUAAGGCCGAGCCCACUAAAGCGGAAACUUCCAAAAGUGAACCCACUAAAACUGAACCUGACAAAACUGAGACGCGUAGUGCUGGGACCCGUAAAUCCACGAGGCAGACUAAGGCUCAAACUCCAAAAGAGACCCCCGCGCCGGCGCCCGCCACAAAGGUGACCCGGUCAGCGGCAAAGCGGACGCUCCCGGCGGUGCCCCCGCCCAUGCCCAAUGGGCUCAGCGCGCAGAAACAGAAGCCCGUGGAGUACAAGCCGUACAGACCCCGGCCCAAGUAUUCCUUCGAUGACUUUGAACUCGAUGACGACCCGCUACCGGUUGCGGCAAAAAAGCCUGGCCUUCAGUCGAGGCCCGGCCUUCAGCCGAGGCCCGGCCAGCCGACGCGUCCGAACGCUCCGCUCAACGCCGCGGCUCAACCUGCCGCCGCUGGUCAGUCGAAAGCCACGGUUUCGUCGCAUCUUGCUCACCAGGCGAGACUCAGAGCUCAGAGCACAGCUGCCGGACAGAUCUCGGGUCAGUCGAAGCCCGGGGGCGUUGCGCCUUCGGCUCAGUCGAAGCCCGCCGCCUCCGCGGCUCCCCGGCCGAAGGCCUCGGAUGCCGCCGCGGCUCCUUCGGAGCACGGAGCUUCGGUCGACGCGCAGUCGAAGUCUCCCGCGUCGAAGCCGGAGGUCGGAGGCGAGGCGCCGCUCGAGCAGCAGGCGGCGCCGCAGGCCGGCCGUUCGACCGCAACCGCGCCCUCCGCUUCGAAGGCAGACGUUGCUUCCGUGCCGCAGAAAACCCCCACGGCGCCACCACCACAAGACGGCAAAUGCACGGAUACAGCGGAUCCCACCUCGGCCAUCGCCUGUGGCGACAGCUCCCAGGUGUCAGAGGACGCACUGAGGAGUGAAGAAAAGCCGGCCGUCCCAGACGUGGAUCCUUCUGCGGAGAAUAAGACCGAAAUAGUCCAUUCAGCCGAGAAGACAUCGAAAGAGCCUCAAGAGUGCGAAGUUUCUCCCAACGGAGCGGCGGAGCCACACGAUGGCAGGACUCCCCUCUCUGAUGCCUGCCUCCAAAAAGAGGUCAAGAAACUAAAGGAGGCGGACAAGGACGGCACCCAAACCAUUAUUGAUGCAGGACAGAAGCAUUUCGGAGCGGUGGCCUGCAGCGUGUGUGGGAUGCUCUACUCGGCUGCCAAUCCCGAAGAUGAAUCCCAGCACUUGCUGUUCCACAACCAGUUCAUCAGCGCUGUCAAAUACGUGGGGUGGAAAAAGGAGAGGAUUUUAGCAGAGUAUCCAGACGGAAAGAUCAUUCUUGUCCUACCAGAUGAUCCCAAAUACGCUCUGAAGAAGGUGGAGGAGAUCAGGGAGAUGGUGGACAACGACCUGGGCUUCCAGCAGGUGGAGACCAAGUGUCCCUCUCAGACCAAGACCUUCCUCUUCAUCUCCAACGACAAGAAGGUGGGCGGCUGCCUCAUAGCAGAGCACAUCCAGGAGGGACACCGGGUGAUCGAGGAGCCGACGCCGGAGGGCUCGGAGGGAGAGAAGGUGAUGUUCGAGCGUCAGCGGGCCUGGUGCUGCUCCACGUCGGCGGAGCCGGCCAUCUGCGGCAUCAGCCGCAUCUGGGUGGUCAACAUGAUGAGACGGCGGGGCAUCGCCUCGCGCAUGCUCGAGUGCCUCAGGAACAACUUCAUAUACGGCUCCUACCUGAGCAAAGACGAGAUCGCUUUCUCCGACCCUACGCCCGACGGGAAGCUCUUCGCCACGCAUUACUUUGGCACGUCUCAGUUUUUGGUUUAUAACUUUGUGAGUGGAACGCACCCGUCCCAGCCGGACGCCGACGCCGUAUGACGGUCUUCAGGAGGGGGGGAAACGGGGGAUUCGGGCCGCCGGCACGGCGUCUGAUGCAGAAACUGUGUUUGCGUAGCAAUUUUAAAAAAAAACUGUAAAUUACUCCUGUGAGAGGACACACAUCGGUUUAAAUCUCAGGAUGAAAACAACAAGGUGUUGUUGAACCUUUUUAUUAAUUCACCCUUUAAUCCCUCCCCGAAUAGUAUUUUGAACAAAAGAGUAUUUUCUUUGUACAUUUUUAAGUAAACAAUUGGUUUUAUUAGACGUAUAGUUUACAUGCAUGCCCUGACAGCAAUAGAAAACAAAGAGCAUUUCAUUGUUUGGUUUUUUUGUUUUAGUCCCUGAGAAGCAUACGGUUGCAUUAGGUCAAACGGUUUAGUUUUUCCUUAUUUUGCUUUAAUGGCUUUACUUGAUGUAAACCGUGUACAUUGAGGUUUUUUUUCUUUUUCUCACCUCUUUACAGUUAAAAGUGACACAUCUGUGGUCCGUAGUGGUGUAAUAAGCUGCAGCGCUUAAAGGUCACAACUACUCUAUUUCUAUCGGGCGGUUAAAGUUGUCUUCCCCUUCUAAUCGUUUCACCGUCGUGUUUAGUGUUUAAGCUCAUCCAACCGGUUGAUUUAACCGGAGUGACUCAUGUCAGCAAUCUGGUCGAAGAGAUGUGGGUUAGAAACGCAGCUUGGGGCAUUAAAUGUGUGCGCUUAAUUUUCUUUCAAUCGCCACGCCUGAAAGCUUAUGAGCCAUAAGCGGUCCACCGUUUAGCAGGUUAUUGUAGCCUUUACUGUGCGAGUGCUGAUUUCACCGAGGCUGUCUAUUGCUUUGUUUGUGCCUGAAUGAUUAACGUGUGACUUAAGAUGUUUGUUUUUCUUAGCCAUGCUGUAUGGCCUUUUUUUUUUUAUUGAGUUAGUACCAUCCUACUAUUCCUUUUAGUAACAACAAAUUCAAUUGUGUAUCCAACUAUCAUGCAUACUGUAACGACAUUUAUAAUGGAUGAGCACGGUCUUGAGCCCCAAAGGUCGAGUGCUAUUGGAUUGACGCUAAAUGUGAUCCAGGUUCGCAAAUAUGAAUAUUUGCUCAGUGAUCGACACAGAUUCUCCGUGUCAUCGUAAUCCAUCCCUUGUUUUGUUCUUACUUGUUAAAGCAGUUGCUUUUUAGAAAAAUGUGUUGCGUAAGAAAAAUACAUUUGAUUUAUACAAAGCUGUCGUGUAAAUAUUUAUUUAAAUAAUAAACAAUAUAAAACCUG